CCGGUUAUUGUGGUGAAGAAAACGCCGAAAGGUUAUUUUUACUUCUUUAAUAAAACAUACCCUCGAUAUUCCAUCACAAGGUUUGAAUAUUGAUAAGACAAAAAUGGCAGAUAGUGAUGAUGAAUAUGACAGAAGAAAAGGCCGUGAAAAAUUUAGAAGGGAAAGAAAUGAUUAUGAAAGGCGAGAAGAAAGAAGAGGUCGCGAUCCUAGAGAAUCUUGGGACAGAGAAAGUCGAUCAUCUGGGCGAGCUAGAGAGGCCUGGAGCAGUAGAAGUAGAGAAAGACAUGAUCCUUACAGAGAAUAUGAAGCAAGGAGACGGGAGAGAUACAGCCCAAGCACACGAAGGGAUAUGAGUCCACCCCACGCUAAACGAAUGAGACAUGAUUGGGAUGAUCAAGGAUAUCCUCCGUAUGAGAUGGGGGGAUAUGGGGGAGCACCCAUGCAGCCACCCCCUAGCUGGGGUCCUUCACCAGACAUGAGAGGCCCUCCACAGGCAGAUUUCAACCCAGGACAAGGAGGAGGAAGAGACUUAGACUUUCCCACCCAGCCACCAAUGUUGACAUUUAAACAGUUUCUGUCGCAGCAAGAGGACAAUAUCAGUGACCAGGAUGCCAUUAAAAAAUAUAAUGAAUACAAAGACGAGUUUAAAAGACAACAAAUUAACGAGUUCUUCUUGGCACACAAAGAGGAAGAAUGGUUUAAGAUAAAAUAUCACCCAGAGGAAUGCGAGAAGAGGAACAGAGAAGUGAAGAAAGCCCUCCAACACCGCUGUAAUGUCUACAUGGAGCUAAUGGAUUCGGGAAGGAUAGAGGAAACCUGGGUCGAUUUCGAGAAGUCUGAUGAACUUGUCAAAUUGCUGGAUGCUGCUGUCAUCAAGAUGGAAGGAGGGACUGAUUUUGAUAUGACAGUUCUGGAUCAGGCAACAGAAGAGGAGCGGGAUGGAAACAGGAGUCGCAAUAACUCCGAGUCAGCACCACUGGAAAGUCCUGAUGAAAAGAAAAAGAGAAAGAGAUCUGUUUCAUCAGACAAAAAACCAGAUGAACCACUAAAACUACCCAUAUCAGGUGAACAGAAAGAGCUCAUGAAACAAGCUCAGGAGUUUUCUAAGCAGCAACAGGCCAAGAAUGGAAGUGAAUCCAGCUCUCCUGUCCCUGAAGAAAGCACUGUUAAAGAAACAAAGAAACCAAAGAAAAAGAAGCGACACAGGGAUAAGACAGGCUAUGAUUACGAGAGUGGGUCAGAGUCUGAGAGCGACUCCGAGUCUGAACCUGUUCCCCCCGGACUGGAGGAGUCUGGAGAAAUAGUUGAAGGAGAAAAGUCUGAGGAUGGAGACGAACAAAAUGUGUCCUCAUCAACGGAGACCUCAAAAGCAAAAGAGGAGGAAACUCCAAAAGAAGCUAAUAUGUCAGAUGGAGAAGAGAAAGACCAGGACACAACAGAGGAUAAAGCCAAGAAUGACAAAAAAGACACUGUCCCCAAACCAAGGGCUCUUCACAAAACCUCCUCCAUCUUCCUCAGAAAUCUGGCUCCCUCAAUCACCAAGCAAGAAGUGGAAGCUAUGUGUAAGAGAUAUCCUGGAUUUGUUAGAGUGGCCCUCCAGGACCCUCAGCCUGAGAGGAGGUUCUUCAGAAGAGCCUGGGUGACAUUUGAGAGGGAUGUCAACAUCAAAGAGAUUUGCUGGAACCUGAACAACAUCAGGCUGAGGGACUGUGAACUUGGAGCUACAUUAAAUCGUGAACUCAAACAGAGAGUGCGACCUGUCAAUGGAAUCUCGGCUCACAAACAAGUGGUCCGUGCCGACAUUAAACAAGCAGCCAAAAUCAUUCAGAUCUUGGACUCCAAAUGGGGAAUGUGGGAGGACCCCGAGGAAGAAAAGAGGGACAAAUCUAAAGAGGGCUCUUUUAGUUUUACAUCCAAGAAUCCUGUACUAAAGAACAUUACAGAUUACCUUGUGGAAGAGGGAAGUUUUGAAGAGGAAGAACUACUUGGUGAGAAGAUGGAAGAAGGAGAAAAAGAAUCCAACAAUGAAGUGACCGUAGAGAGAGAUGAGCGCAUGAUCAAGGCUUUGGACAGGAUGAUUUUAUACCUGAGGAUUGUUUACUCCAUUGAUUAUUACAGUGCUAAUGAGUAUCCUAAUGAGGAUGAGAUGCCACACAGGUGUGGCAUCAUGCAUUCUCGAGGGGUACCACCAACAACUAAAAUUACCCAACAGGAUGUGAAUGACUGGAUCACAAACACAGAAAACAAGUUGAAGCAGUUUACAGAGGUUGUAGAAAAAUUAUCAGAGGAAGAUUCCAUCAAAUUCGGCAGGAAAGAUCCAGAGGCAGAGGUGGAGAAGUUUGUGACCCUGAAUACUCAGGAACUCUCCAAAGACAAGUGGCUGUGUCCCAUCAGUGGCAAGAAAUUCAAGGGCCCGGAGUUUGUCAGGAAGCACAUCUUUAACAAGCAUGGGGAAAAGGUGGAUGAAGUCAGGACUGAGGUGACCUUUUUCAAUAAUUACCUGGUGGACCCUAAACGACCUGCUUUACAAGAACAUCCUAAGAAUAAACAGAAGGAGGGAUCUGGUAGGGAGCAGUUCACCAGCCCCAACACUGGCUACCAGGCCCCUCCCCAGCAGGGAAUGAUGGGAUACAACCAGCCAAUGGCACCACCAAUGAGGAAUUACGGAUCUGGUGGGAAUGCUCCACACCAUUACCCAAAUCCUGGGGGGUAUGGAGGUCACGACUACCGGGGUGACUACCGAAGAUCUGGGGGAGGAUACAGAGGACACUUCAGAUCCAAUAAUGCUAUGAAGCGGAAUUCUGAACAAUCCAAUGUUGCAAUGAAGCGGAAUUCUAAACAUCGCAGAUCUGAUCCAAGGGGAAUAAUCGAGUAUCGUGACCUGGAUGCACCGGAUGACGGCGACAUUUUCUGAGGAUGCGGUGUAGGGGGCGGGGACCUUAUAGUUGGAGCAUACAUUAUCAAAGACUCGUUUGCCAGACUUGUAGAUAGUAAUGUUGUGAGCUGUCUUAUAGUGAUGUAGCUGACAUUUUUUAUUAUCAAAUAUUGGAGCUAAUGCAUUUCUGUUAAAAACAUUUGAUGGAAUGUCAGUAAAAGUGGAUGCUUUUUAACAGAUUUUUAAUAAAUUUCGUCGUAACAUGUGCAGGUUGCAAUUACUUCCGCAAAAAAUAUUGAUUAUAAAGUUUGGAAUUGUAGUGUGAAGAAUAUCUGUACAUGUGCAUGUCAGAUUUUAUUGCAAUACAUGUAUUUAUGUUGACCUUUAUAUCACCCAUACUCAUACCAUAAAGCACAGUUUUAAUGAUUCAUUUUGUGUUUCUGGCACUUGUGAAUAAAUUAAUCAUGUUUGAAUA